UAAAUCUAUUCAACCCAGUUGAAUUCUUUUGUACCCCCUAAUAACAGGUAUAACUAUGUUGUCUUCAUAGGAUAAAAUAUUUUUUUUUUUUACUUGACAUAUACUGUAUGAAUCGCAAAUUAUUAGAAACAUUUUACAACAGUUCGAGAUGUGACUGAUCCAUUGGAUCUGAAAGAGCUUCGAACAAACGUUUUGUAACAACAGCACGAAACCAAACACGGUCAGAGAAGACAGGGGCAGACAUGAUCCCACAAUCUGAGGAUUUCACUGGGGCACUGACAGCAAUCAUUUAAUAUCUGGAUCCAGAGUUCCGCGGUGUGCUUAUCGCGGAUUUUCAGUCAUCCCAUGUUUGGCCGUUACCUGAGCACAGUGGGCUUUCCGCCAGCUCAGACCGUUUACAACCACUGGAGACACUGGUAUCAGCCUGGUCAUUUAUGGUGGACACAACCACCUCACCUACAGCAUCGCUUUUCCUCCUUCAGCACUGUCAGACACCCCUUCAACAGGCCUCCGAGACCUCCGGAUCCGUACAACUGGAGCUCCUGGAGGGAAACUGGAAUACUGCCAUACACUCAACCCAGACGAGGCCUUCACCUUUCUGCAGGUCUGAUGGACCGCUCUGAGAGAGAGCCACCACCGAAGAGGAGGAAGAGUGCGGAUGGGAGGCCGGCUGCGGAAAGAUCUCAACGCUUACCUGAACGUUCACCUCCAAAAGGCAGCAAGAGUCCAAAAGGAAGUCCUGAAUGGCUACGCAAUGUAACUGGCAUUCCAGUGCCCCCUGGGAAAUUUCCUUCAAGCCCAGAGAGGACUGCAGACACACCAGAGUUGAAGAGACACUGGGAGGAUCUUUCUCAACUUUGUAAUGCUACAUCUAAGAAAGGGAGAAAACAAAAAUGGCCAUUUGAUUUUUCUGUGAUGUCCUAUAAUAUCCUCUCGCAAGACCUGCUCUGUGAUAACACGUACCUUUACAGACACUGUAACCCUCCAGUUCUGGACUGGCACCAUAGGUUUCCAAACAUCAUCAAAGAGCUGGAACAACACAGUGCUGAUAUAAUGUGCCUGCAGGAGGUGCAAGAGGACCACUAUAAACAACAAAUCAAACCCUCGCUAGAAUCUUUAGGCUACCAUUGUGAAUACAAACGCAGAACAGGACUUAAGCCUGACGGAUGUGCUGUGGUCUUCAAACGCGAUCGCUUCUCUUUGGUCUCCUGUCAUCCUGUGGAGUAUUUCCGACGUGGCAUCCCUCUCCUGGACCGCGAUAACGUGGGCCUGAUUGUGCUUCUGCGGCCCAUUGACCCCCAUAGCUCUCUCACCAACAUCUGUGUGGCCAACACACAUUUACUGUACAACCCUAGACGUGGGGACAUUAAACUGGCCCAGCUCGCUAUGCUGCUGGCAGAGAUAAGCCAGGUGGCCCAGUUACCUGACAGCAGCGUUUGUCCUGUGCUGCUCUGUGGGGAUUUGAACUCCGUUCCCUGGUCUCCCCUGUAUCGCUUUAUUAAGGACAGCAGACUGGACUAUGAUGGCAUACCUAUUGGGAAGGUGUCAGGACAGGAGGAGAAUCCAAGAGGGCAGCGUAUUCUAACUGUGCCAAUUUGGCCCAGAAGUCUGGGUAUCUCUCAGCAGUGCCAGUAUGAAAGUCAAACAAGAGAUUCUGAUUUGAAGGAUUUGGAGCAGACAGAACUGGAUGGUUUUACCAAUCCCAGCAUAGAGCACUGUUUAAAGCUGACCUCUGCAUACUCCCACUUCCUGAAAGAGAGCGGUCAACCUGAGAUCACCACAUGCCACUCACGUACAGCCAUCACCGUCGAUUACAUCUUCUACUCCGCAGCUCUGGGGGAUGUGAUGGCUCAAGCAGAAUGCAGUGUGCCACCAGAGAAGGGUCUGCAGCUGCUGGGUAGGUUAGCCCUGGUGGGGAAAGAUGAACUCCAGGAGGUUAACGGCCUUCCCAACCAGCAUAACUCCUCUGACCACCUGCCGCUUUUGACACGCUUCCGUCUGCACCCUUGAGCUGAUGGCUGACGGAACGAAAAGGGUUUGCGAUUAUCAUACAGCCUUUAAAUCCUUUUGUGGCCAACAAACUCGCAGUACAAUGUAAACAGUUUUUUUUUCACACCAGCAAAUAAAUGAUUCACAGAUUCUCUUAAGACUGUGUAUGACAGACUUGAAGCAGAAGUGGAACUUGUCUGUAAGUUAUGAGCAUAGAUACCCAGUUAAUUAUGAGGUGGUGACAUGCGCACUAUAUCCAGUAAAUUAGGGAUGUUUUAUUGUGAAAUACGGCAGCUUUGACACUAAGCAUGUCAUUUCAUGACAAGAUGUUAAUAUUUUUUUAUUUUCAAUGUUUUACAAGUUAUCUCUUUCAGACCUGUGUCAUUUUAAAGAUUAUAAUAAAAAGAGGAAAAAUAAUAAAUGAUUUUAUCUUCAA